AUGCAGGCUAUUUGCUCUUUUUUUCAAAAAAAUAAUUUCUUGACAAUUAAAAAAAGAACAUUUUCUUUUUUAAAGCCAUCAACUUCUUCAAUUCACCCUACUUUUAUUAAUAAAAAACAAAAAGUAGCCUAUCAACAGAUUUCUAUUAAGCAAAUACAUCCUGGGUUUGGAUUAAUACAUUUUUACUCUAAAAAGUCUUUAAUUACUCCUAAAGAGAAGAAAAAUUUUAUAUAUUCUACAUAUCUUAGAAUUAUUCAAUCACAUUUAACAUUUCUUCUUGUAAAACAAAAUAACAUUAACAGCAAAAGCUGGAGACGUCUACGGAAACAAUUACAUACAGUUAACGCUAAAAUCAAAGUUAUACGAAAUCAUCUCUUCAUACGUGCAUUACAAACCAUUCGCACUGAUACAAAUGAAUAUCGAGAUAAAAGUAUUCCACUGGAACUAAAAAUAAAUGCACUAGAAGUCUUAGAAACGCUAUUUUCUGGCCCUACUGCAAUAAUCACAUUGGCUGAUCGUGCAGAGCCAUCCUCUUUAAAAUAUAUUAUAGAUUUGAUUAAUAAAAGUAAUAAUCAGCUUCAACUUCUAGGGGGGCUAUUUGAGAACGAACUAGCAGAUACGGAAAUGCUUUUAAGUAUUAAAGCAUUACCAGAUCGCUCAAUUCUACAUACACAACUAAUUUGUUCACUGAUAGCAGGAUCAAAUAAACUUUUACAAAUACUUCAAUAUCCGAGUAAGACAUUAGCAUUAACGCUUGAUACAAGAGUACAUACUCAAAUACCAGAGGAUAUAUCUACGGCAUCUAAAACUACAAUUUGA